CCCACCCGCCACAGCCCAGUGCCUAGCCAUGACUGUCACCUACUCAAGCCAAGUGGCUAAUGCCCGUUUUGGCUCCUUCUCCCGCCUGCUGCUGUGCUGGCGGGGCAGCAUCUACAAGCUGCUCUAUGGCGAGUUCCUCAUCUUCCUGCUCUGCUACUACAUCAUCCGCUUCAUUUACAGGAUGGCCCUCACUGACGAACAGCAGGUGACUUUUGAGAAGCUGACUCUGUAUUGUGAUGGCUACAUCCAACUCAUCCCCAUUUCCUUCGUGCUGGGCUUCUACGUGACGCUGGUCGUGACCCGCUGGUGGAACCAGUACGAGAACCUGCCGUGGCCCGACCGCCUCAUGAACCUCGUGUCGAGCUUCGUCGAGGGCAAGGACGAGAAAGGCCGGCUGCUGCGGCGCACGCUCAUGCGCUACGCCAAUCUGGGCAACGUGCUCAUCCUGCGCAGCGUCAGCGCCGCGGUCUACAAGCGUUUUCCCAGUCCCCAGCACCUGGUGAAAGCAGGCUUUAUGACCCCUUUGGAACACAAACACUUGGAAAAAUUGAGCUUGCCACACAACUCGUUCUGGAUGCCCUGGGUAUGGUUUGCCAACCUGUCAACAAAGGCCUGGAUUGAAGGUCGAAUCCGGGACCCUGUCCUGCUCCAGAGCCUGCUCAACGAAAUGAACACCUUGCGUAGUCAGUGUGGACACCUGUAUGCCUACGACUGGAUCAGUGUCCCGCUGGUGUACACUCAGGUGGUGACCGUGGCGGUCUACAGCUUCUUCCUGGCUUGCCUGAUUGGGCGGCAGUUUCUGAACCCAGCCAAAGCCUACCCCGGCCACGAGAUGGACCUUGUUGUGCCCCUCUUCACGUUCCUGCAGUUCUUUUUCUAUGCCGGCUGGCUGAAGGUGGCAGAGCAGCUCAUCAACCCGUUUGGAGAGGAUGAUGAUGACUUUGAGACCAACUGGAUUGUGGACAGGAGCUUGCAGGUGUCCCUGUUGGCUGUAGAUGAGAUGCACCAGGACCUGCCCCCUAUGGAGCGGGACAUGUACUGGAACGAGCCAGAACCACAUCCUCCCUACACGGCUGCCUCUGCCCAGUCUCGCCGACCCUCCUUUUUUGGCUCCACCUUCAACAUCAGUCUGGGUAAGGCAGAUAUGGAGUUUCAGCCAGACCCAGAGGAGGAGGAGGAGGACGGUGCUCACAAGGGCAUCAUUGGCCGCUUCCUAGGGCUGCAAUCUCACGACCGCCAGCCCCCCAGGACAAACUCAAAGACCAAACUACUGUGGCCCAAGAAAGAGGCCCUUCUCCAUGAGGGCCAGUCCAAGAACCUCGGGGGAGCCGAACAUGGCACUAGUGACCAGGAAGAUGGCAAGGCCUGGAAGAUUAAGGAGGAGGAUGCCUUCAAGUCUGUGGGACUCUAUGGGUGGUCAGGUUACCACAGUGCCCCACAGACACCCCUCAGCCACACCCCUAUGGUCUUCCCACCUGGACAGUCAGCAAGUCUUCGCAGGGUCUCAGGCAUAGAUGACACUGUCAAAGACCAAAGCCUUCAGCCUGCAACUCCCAGGACCAAGAAGAGUUUUGAAUUGCUCCCAGAGAGUGCUGAGGCCUUGACCGAGAAAACAGAAGUGGGUCACGUGAGGAGGAAAACUGUUGAGUUUAACUUGACAGAUAUGUCAGAGGCCCCUGAACAUCUCAGAGAACCACAUCUGGAACAAUCGACAAGCAACCUGGACACUAUCCUUGAAGAUCAUGGAGACCCCUACUGGGCCUUGGAAAACAGGUCUGUCCUCCAUCCAAACCAGGGCCACUGAACCCCCA